AUGGGUCUCAAAUGGGGGCAGCUCAAGCAGCGCCUGCAAGUGCCCAAGGACGAGAACUCGUACUAUGAAAAUACCACAUGGUGCAACCGGGAUCUUAUCCCCAUGCCCCGGGAGAGGCGAACCUGGGGAAUCUGGGGAUAUUUCGGAUAUUGGACUGUGUCCGGGUCGUGUAUCUCUGCAUGGUCGACCGGCAGUACUCUCCUUGCCUUCGGCCUUAGCCCUCAGGAAGCCAUCGGUGUUGUGAUUCUCGGAGGGUUCCUGACUGGUCUCCUGGCUGUGGCAUGUGGUUGGAUGGGAGAGACGCACCACAUUGGAUUCACGGUCUCGUCCCGAUUCUCUUGGGGGAUGCGAGGCAGCUACUUUCCUGUUCUGCUUCGGGUAUUUACAGCUUCAAUAUGGUUCGGGUUGCAGGCAUACUGGGGAGGGCAAGCCACCCGCGUUCUCUUCGGUGCCAUUAUCCCAGGGUUCGCACACAUGAAAAACUAUUUCUCCGAGAGUUCGCACCUACUCACGAAUGAUUUCAUCGGGUUGAUUAUCUGGAUGGGCGCAUUCAUCCCUCUUGUUCUGGUGCCUCCUGAGCGACUUCAACUUCCAUUUGCCAUCUCAUUUGUGCUCUUUGGAAGUUCCUGCAUCGGUUUGCUCAUAUGGGCCGUUAAGAACGCCGGCGGACCUGGCAGCAUGUUCCACGAGCCCGGAACGGCUGAGAACACAGGAUGGGCCUUUAUGUUUGGGAUAACAGCAAUUCUGGGUGCAUGGGGAGCAGGUACACUGGGCCAAUCCGACUGGACUCGUUACGCUGAUCGAAAAUUCGCCCCGACUUUGUCACAGCUGGUCGCUGCUCCUGUCACUAUUUCCGUUACAGCCAUUAUUGGAAUCAUUGUGACUAGCGCCGCAAAGGAUGUUAUUGGAGAGAUCACGUGGAACCCAAUCUAUCUCUUUGCCGACGUCCAGGAGUUCUAUCAUUCAAGCCCCAGGUCGAGAGCCGGUGUGUUCUUUGGAAGUCUCGGGCUUGUUAGCUCGCAGCUUGCCAUCUCCGUGGUUCUGAAUUCCGUUUCGACUGGUAUGGAUAUGGCUGGUCUAUGUCCCAAAUACAUGAACAUUAUCCGCGGCAGCUAUAUAAUGGCCAUCAUCGGCAUCGCAAUUCAGCCGUGGCAGCUUGUCAGCACGGCGAACAGAUUCCUCAAGGUCCUUAGCGGAUUCGGUGUCUUUAUGGCUCCCGCCACUGGACUCAUGUUGGCCGACUACCACGUCGUACGACGCAAGAAGCUUAAGCUUAACGACCUGUACACUGGAAACAGCUCUUCCAUAUAUUGGUUCAACAAAGGCGUCAACUGGCGGGCGAUCGUGGCCUUCUUUUCCGGCGUGUGGCCCUUGCUUCCCGGCCUUGUUGGAACCGUCAACAGCUACACUGAGUCUGCAUUUGUUGGCUGGAUCCGCCUUUACAACCUGACCUUUGUCGUCGGCCUUGCAAUCAGUUUCUUCGUCUUCUGGGGCUUGAAUGUGGCCUUCCCACCACCUGGGCUCGGCGAGGAAGCUCCUUUCGUGGAUGACGAUGUCUUGUACGGUGUCGGGGAGGAGAAUUCUGACCACGGCGUUGAGAAGCCCAUCAACACUGACGGCGACAAGCAUCUUGCUCAAGCCACCGUCUCUUCAUGA